ACAGCGAAUGAGUUUGACGUCGUCUAUCGGCAGACGGUCUCAGUUCAUUGCAAAUGGGCACGCGUCAAACCUAUACUACACCGAAAAUAGGAAUUCGAAAAUAGAUUUAAUACAAGCAAAGCGAUUUUAGUGAAUGUAAUAAUAGUAAAUUAAACAAAGUACAAAUAAAAGUUGGAUAAAAAUACGGAUCGCUCCCAAUUAGUGCAAAUAUAAUAAAAAUAAAUAAAUUAAUGAAAAAAGUGUUCAACAAYAGCAAUAAGUAAACAAAUACGCAAUGAUUUUCGCAACACCCUUAAUAAGGCACAUGUACUUGUGCGCCAACACGCUUUGCCUAAUCGUCGGUUUGAUUAUGGUGUUAUUAAGCGCGCUCUUCAUGGACUCCGUACAGAAUCUGCAUUUGAUUUAUUGCAUACUUGGCUUAAUGGCGGGUCUCCUAACGGCUCUGACCUCUUUAGUUGGCUAUCGAGCCAUAAAACCACCGAAGGCUGCCUUGAUGUGGUUGUAUUGUGCCUUGGUUACAAUUAUAUUCGUCACUCAAAUGUAUAUAGUAACGCAACUCGAAGCGACGAGCAUAAUCACGAGUACAGUCGAAGCCGUAGAGUUACUGUGGGAAAGGGAAUUGGUGGAAGAAGGUCCAAUGGCUGAUAUCGAAAGUCGGUUUCAUUGCUGUGGCCUGCACAAUGCUAGUGACUACACAUCCAUAAAUUUGCCACUGCCUGCUAGUUGCUUUUAUGCCGAGAACGACGCCUGGGACCAUUAUAAUGAAGGCUGUUUGGAGAAGGUGAAAUUUGCUGCUGGGAGAGCAAGCAAUGCGUUAUCCUACGCUGGAUAUACACUGACUGUGGCGCAGCUGUUGGCUUUGAUAUUCUCAUUCAUACUGACUUUAAUUUACCAUCGAACUGGAGAUUAUGAAACCUUAUAGUAUAAACAAACAUACUGAUUUGUGUAAAUAUUAGUAUUUGUUAAGUGGGAAAAAUAGUUUUUAUUAAAAAAAAUUUAUAUAUACAAUUCUAGCGUACAUGAAAUGAAGAUGUGUGCAAGCAGUCGCAUAUUGUGAAUUUACAAACAUAUUUUAAYUAAAAUAGUUUAUUCAUACCUAUAUAGUAUAUGUUUAUACAACGUAUCUACAAUUAAUUUAAGAUAACCUAUAAUUUGUUGGUACUAGUGAAUAUAACAGUAUUUUCGAAUUUUUAUAUAAUACAUAUAAUUUGAAUAAAAAAAAUCAGUUUUUACCAGA